CAGUAGAAUUCAGUGAGUUCAAAAUGGGCAUGAAAGCACUCCUACUUGCAACCUUCGUGCUUAGCCUUGCCAUCACUGUUGCAAAUGCUAGUGUUGGGCUUGCUGUUUAUCAUACUCAUAAUACUCCCUCGGCGUGCUAUGGGAACCAAGACCACGGGCCAUGGAUAACAGGGGUGAGUGGUGCCCUAUGGAAUAAUAGAGGAGCAUGUGGGAGGUAUUACUGGGUUACAUGCAUAGGAGGAGCUAACUUGGCUCCUCACCCUUGCAAAAGAGGUAGUGUGCUUGUUAGAGUUACUGACUUUUGUGCUAGUUGUGCUGGUGAUCUUAACCUUUCUCAACAAGCUUUCAAUCAAAUUGCUGAUACUAGAGCAGGCAAAAUUCGUGUUCGUUACGACCCAGCAUAAUUAAGUCUAUUGUUCAAAGACUGAAGAUGGAGCGAGGAAUCUUAUGGUUUAUAUCAAUAGAUACUACUAUGAAGUAGCAUAAUAAUGCUUGAAGUAGAGUUUCAGAAUUUAUAUAAAACCAUUGACGAUAUAAUAGUAUGUGUGUGUAAGUGUGGGUAGAAGAUCAAGGUUGACUUAGUGAUUAUAAGGUUCUUCUCGAUCCCAUCGAGUUUGAUUCUCCUGGAAGUGUGUGUGUAAGACUAGUUAUUUGGCAUGGCUUAGAUAUGUAAGCAUUUUCUCUCUU